AUGAGUCUAAAAAUCACAGAAAACGUAGUAAACGUUCAGCCAAAGACCAACUAUUUAAGUUCCACAGAAUUAACACAACUCAGGAAUGUAGACUUGAAUGGUUUCACUUUGGGUCUAAAAAGAACAUUGCCAGAGAAUACAGAAGAAGAAAAACAGGAACUGGAAACGCUCUAUGCUCAACUUCAAAACCAAUUAUCCACACCGCGCAUCGAACGUUUAAGUGGCAGAGCUGUAGCUGAAUGGGAUAACAAUGUUAAAGCUGUGCGUAUAAUACGCAAAGAUGGCAAAUUUGGUACAUUUGGCUAUAGUGAGAAUGGAGAACUAUAUUUGGAAUAUUAUGAAGCAUUGUUUUUAUUAGAGGUGAAUCGCCUUCAACUUGAAUACAAAUCAAGAAACCUAAGUAUCGAACAAGCCUACCUCUUGCUAUUGGGUGAAAAUAAAUCUAGCAAAUAUUGUGAAUAUCUGGUAUAUUCGCAUUUCACACGUGUUGGUUAUAUUUUGGUUAAACAUCAAAAUAUAAAUUUUCCCAAAUAUCAAAUUGAAACAGCUGAAGAUUGUACCUGGGCAAUAUUGGAAGCAGAAUUACAAAAUGAAACUCUUCCGGAUUAUGUGAAAAAAUCAAUAUUUUAUGGCAAAGUUAAACAACAAUUUGAUCAAAUACGAGAUAAUAUUAAAUACCAAAAUAAUAGAGAAGACACAUCUAGCGAAAUGAAUGAUAUUGAAAUGCAUUUAAAUGGUAAUGUGAAAUUAAACCUAAAACGAAAAGCGACGGAAAAUGAUGAUAAUAAUUGGAAUAAUGCAAAGAGACGUCGUUAUUGUAGUGCAAAUAUUUUUCGUAAAAGUUUGGUGGAUUUUCUCAAAGAUGAAGAUGAAUAUAAGCAAUUUAAAGAACAAUUCGAGCAAUUCAAUAUUGUGGCCCUAAAGAAUUAUGAAGAUGAUGAGGAGAAAUCGGAUGAUGAAGAGAAGUCGGAGAACGGGGAAACUUUUCGAAUAAACUUUGAUGUUUAUUUUCACAAUGAAGGCUUUCGUAAAAGUUCACCACAUAUUCCGAAUUUUCGUGUAAUUAUUUUGGAAUCACAUCAACGAUUUCCCACACAUAGAGAAAUUUACUGUACAUAUCGUCAGCAAUUGAAUCCGGUGCCUUUGCUAUUGGUGACUGUAAAUGAUUCAAAACAAAUUCAGGCAUUUUUGUAUCAUUUUAGUUGA